AUGGUUGCCGUCCUCCUUGCCGCGAUGUUGGUGACCGCUGGCCCAGCAGCAGCUCAGCUGAACAGUCUCGCCAAAUCCGCGGGCUUGCUGUAUUUCGGCACGGCCGUUGAUAAUCCAAGCCUGAGCAACUCUGCUUACACGGCAAUUGCGUUUAACUCGAGCGAGUUUGGUCAAAUCACCCCGGCCAAUGGCCAGAAGUGGGAUUCUGUCGAGCCCUCCAAUGGUGUCUUCAGCUACACAAAUGGAGAUGCUGUCACCACCAAAGCUCGCGCGGCUGGGCAGAUCCUAAGGUGCCAUAAUUUGGUUUGGUAUAACCAGCUUCCCAGCUGGGUGUCAAGUGGCUCUUGGACCACCUCGUCCCUAGAAGACGUGAUUACAACGCAUAUCACCAACGAGGUCACUCAUUACAAGGGGCAAUGCUACGCUUGGGACGUUGUGAACGAGGCCCUGGACGACUCUGGGAACUAUCGGACCGACGUCUUCUACAACAUCCUCGGGACAAGCUAUAUUCCCUUUGCCUUUAAGGCGGCGGCGGCUGCCGACUCAGCAGCCAAACUGUACUACAAUGACUACAACAUCGAGUACAGCGGCGCCAAAGCCACGGCCGCCAUCAACAUCGUCAAGAACAUCCAGUCCUCGGGCGGCCGUAUCGACGGUGUGGGCUUGCAAGGCCACUUCAUCGUUGGGUCGACCCCUUCCCAAUCAACUCUUGUCAGCGCUCUUCAGAGUUUCACGGCCCUUGGUGUUGAGGUGGCGUACACUGAGCUGGAUAUCAGGCACUCCAGUGUGCCGGCCAGUGCAGCGGCCCAGCAGCAACAAGCAACAGAUUAUGUGACCGUCGUCAGCGCGUGUCUUUCGGUCGCGAAGUGCGUCGGGGUCACAGUAUGGGAUUUUGAUGACCAGUACUCGUGGGUACCAUCGACCUUCUCAGGCCAAGGAGAGGCCGAUUUGUGGUCAUCCAACCUAGUCAAGAAGCCAGCCUACACGAGUAUCGCAAGUUUCCUCAAGAGUGCCGCGGCAACUGCACCGGCAUCGGCCACAGCUGCUACUUCUACAAUCACGACUCUCGUCACGACACCUUCGCCUUCGACUACGGCCGCACCAACUACUACUGCGGGUGUCGGAGGUAAUGGCCAUUACUCACAGUGUGGUGGACAAGGAUUUGCGGGCACGCCAGGCUGUGCCUCUCCUUACGCUUGCUCAACAAUUAACGCUUAUUAUGCUCAGUGUUUGUGA